GCUGAAUUGUGUAUCUAUUUGGUAAUUUUUCACUGAUAGUGUUCAAUUUGAGAUUGAUUAUGGGAGGAGAUGAUCAUCCUGGUCAAAAUAACUUUGUUAAAUUUGCUGGAUUUAUUGGAAGUUUAUUAGAGGAUCCAGUGGUAUGGUUCCGCAAAAAAAUAGUCGAACCAAAUCAAAAAGAUUCUACUUGGUAUCAUCAUAAGUUGAAGAGAGUUCCUACUAUUGAUGAAUGCUAUACAGAUGACCCUAUAUGUAAAUUUGAGGCUAAUCAACAGUUCAGUAGAGAUAGAGCGGUCGACAAUGAAGUUUUGAAUAUUUUAAGACAACGUUUCGAAGAUUGUGUUACAUAUGAGGCGCCUGACCAUGUGUCUCGCUGCAAGAAGCUUAAAGAAAUGUACGAUGAAGCAAGCACCAAUUGGUUUAUCAAGUAUGGUGACCUCGGUGCUUACGGAAAUGCCGAAACUGCUUUAGCUAAACAAAAACAUAGAAUGAUCUGGGAGAGACGUCAUGGUCCCGUAGGUUCAGGCAAGCAAGCGAAAAAUGAAAUGCAGGAUCAAUAAUGAUAGUAGUAAUUACUUAUAAUACUUGUAUAUUAUUAAAAUGUUUUAAAAGUUGUGAAAUUUGAAUAGAAAUCUUAAUAAAUUGUUAAUAAUU